AUGGCGGUGAAAUCUUCAGUAAAGUCUUUCUUCGCUUGGGGGCGACAGCACGGCGAUUGCAUCCUCGGCCUAGCCAUCACCAUGCUGGUCGGCACCACACCACUGACACUGUAUGUUCGUCAUCUUACAAAGGAGCUGGAACAGGAGCGCGAGCUGCGCGUGAGGGAUUUGGCACAGGAGCGCGAGCGGCGUGAGAAGGAGCUGGCACAGCAGCGCGAGUGGCGUGAAAGGGAGCUGGCACAGGAGCGCGAACUGUAUGAGAGGGGUCUGGCACAGGUGCGCGAGCUGCGUGAGAGGCAGAUGGCACACACGCGCCAGCAGCGCGUGGAGCUGCAGCAGCGCACGGACCUACUGGUGGAAGAUAAGCGCCAGCUGCGCGACACGGACCUUGCCAAGGAGCGCCAGGAGCUCGACAGGGAUAUGAAACAGUUGCGCCAGGAGCGCGACACAGAUAUGGAACAGUUGCGCCAGGAGCGCGACAGCGAUGUGGCACAGUUGCGCCAGCAGCGCGAGGAGCAGCGCGUGGAGCUGCAGCAGCGCGCAGACCUGGUGGUGAAAAGCCUGCUCUUUGUUGUGCUCCGCCAUCCUGAUUAUGAGGCGGCGGCGCGCUUACUGCGGGACAGCCAGGGGGGGCCCACGCGUCCCUCCACAGACUAG